CCCCCUCAAAAGCCACCUCUGCCACUGAAGAGUUUUAAUGUAUUGUCUUCUUAGGAAACAGAAUGAAUACAACUCACUGGACUCAUUCAGUCUAUGAGUAUACAACUCUGCCUGCUAUUUACACCACUGGCUUCAUCAUUGGUCUUGGAGCUAAUGUAUGGGGACUAAAGUCUCUACUGCAGAAAUGGAAAAUUCUUGGACACAUUAACGUGUUUCUUCUGAACCUUGGAAUUGCCAAUUUUUUGUUCCUGCCAUCACUCCCAUUUUUGUCAGCGUACUACUUUAUGGACAGUAAAUGGAUAUUUGGAGAUGCCUUCUGCAAGAUCACAAGAUUCUGCUUCAACUUGAAUUUAUACGGCAGCAUUGGAUUCCUCACCUGUAUAAGUGUGUACAGGUACCUGGCUAUUGUCCAUCCAAUGAAAGUGAUGGGAAGAAUAACUGUGACUAACUCUGUCGCUAUUUCAGUCAUGGUUUGGCUGUUGGUGAGUGUUCAAAGUUUUCCAGAUAUGUUCUUCCCCAAAAACUCACCAAAUAGAACUGAAAAAUGCUACCAUACCACAUCUACAGAGUAUGUGGAGGAUUACCUAAAAUACAGUGUGGGCUGGACACUCACUGGGUUUGUUAUGCCACUCCUUAUCUUACUUGGCUCCUAUGGACAUGUGACUCUUGUUCUCUGCCGCAUUAAUACCAUUGAUAAGGUGGUGAAACAAAGAAGCUUAAAGUUGAUGUUCAUUUUGAUUUUGCUCUUUUCAGUUUGUUACAUCCCCUACCAUAUUUUUAAGAACCUCAGCCUUUAUUCAAGAGUUUUGUCAAAUCACAGGAUGCGUCCAAAAUGGGAUAAGGGAGUCUUUAGUGCUCAUCAGAUCAGUCGUGGUCUUGUGUGUCUGAAUAGUGUUUUGAACCCCCUGGUUUACCUCCAUGUCAUGGAUAUUCCUGCUCAAAUCAGACAGAUGCUUCAUCAUUUUCGUCAGAUCUUUGUGUCAGAGUUCAGCAGUGUACCAGUGGCACAAAAUGCAGAUGUUUAACAGGAGUUUAGCACAGAUGAUUCACUUUGAGUUUGUUUAUUAUACUGUGCUUCAUCCAGUUAAUUAUUGUUCUCUUUUCCUGCAACAACAGUUUGGGCACAAGUUACUAUAUAAAUAUAUAUAAAUACUUUUAUCUCUUUUUGUUCUGUUGUCUUGUAUAUUGUGAAUAACUGAAAGCCAGUGGAACACAUUUUCUCUUUUGGUUUAAAACACAUUGUCUUUAUUUUGUAUGCAUGAUUGUAAUUGCUCUGAAUAAGCCUCACUCAUUUUGACGGAGUCAGUAUCAACAACCAGUUGCUAAUGAUAUUAUUUUUCUAAAAUAAAUGUAAUUUAGUCUUUGAAAUUUGUGUUAUUUAAACACCUUACACUGAGAACUUUUACUUUAAGAAUAGAUCAGGAGAGAACACUGGCAUACUAUUAAAAUUGAUUUCAUAUUUACUGUAUUUUUAAUUGCUGGCUCACAGACCGCUUCCGUGCUCUUAUCAAAUGUUUUUUAUGGCUGUUGCUGAGUGCGUGCGGUACAAGCCACAGAGAAGCAGCAGUCAUGGCACAACUGUGACACUGACACCUUCAAAAACUGACUGCAUUGUACAUUACAUUGUUUUUCAUUCUUUAAACACUGCAUUCUUUUCAUUAUGUGUUGGAAUUAGUGGUCACAUAUCUGUGUUUAGAACAUGUUAAACAUGUUAAAAAUAAAUGGAUAAUUUAGAUAAACCUGCACUUG